UUUCUUCUUCUUUUUCUUUCUUUCCAAACACCCUCCCUUUGGUUCCCGAGAAAACCCUGGGAUAACUCGACAGCAUGAAAUUCCCAGUCCCUCUCUUUCUUUAACCAUUUCUUUUCAGUUUCCGGAUAAAACCAAGAGAGGGGGGUGCUUUAUCUUCAUAUGAUGCAUUUUCUGUUGGAACUCAAACAUUCUGGCUUCAAGCUUCAUUCAACUAGUGGACAUGUAGCUAAGAAGAGAAGGCAUUAAAAUUGGUGGAUAGGGGUGGAUCCAAUGGGGCUGUUACCUGAGUUGAUGACCACUAUAAUAAUCUUGGUGACAAAGCCUUUCUCAAUGUUCAAACUUCUAUGCAUAAUUUGUGUGAAAACCUUGUUCAUUAUCGCUUACACUUGGAUGGAAUUGGUGAGGGCUGCCAUCUGCUUCCAUGUGAACAUCUUCUGGAGAAUUGUGAUUUGGACAGUUGCUUUGAUAUCUCUCCCUGUACGAGUUUUGACUGCCUUACAGAGAGAAAGGCUGCUGGAAAUGCAUCUACAAGAGAUGCAGAUUGAUUUGGAGAAUCUCAUGUGGGAUAGGAAGGAACUUGAAGGCCGUCUAAAGGUAGCCACUAAAGAACAUAGGGUGAUGGAGAUGAUGUUAUUAGAACUUGAAGAGGAAUAUGAUAAGGCGAUUGUCAAAAUUGAGCUGUUAGAGAGUAAGGUGCAGGAUCUGAAGAAUGAAAAUAAUCGGCUGAAGGAGAUUCAGGGUAGAAGACUAUUGAGCCUCAAAGGUCAGGAUGACACAGGGAAUGACCAAAACAGUGGCAUUACUGACAAUUAUGGCAUUCCAUAUGGGAUCCCUUCAUGGAAAUCUGGUUAUCAUGAAACGGGCUUCAUUCUUCAAGACUUUAUGACGCACAGAGAUGAUUGGGAGAAUGAGAGCAAAAGUAAAACUGAACUACCGUUCCCAUCAAAAUCAGGAGCAGAAGCUGCUGGGCACAUCUAUCCAUUUACUCCUGGGAUUACCUUUAGAAAUUCCAACAUGAAUGAAGUUCUUGACCAACGAAGGGACACUGCUCUUUUACAGAGCCUGUUCAGUGCCAUAUUAUCACUUUUGGUUGGAAUGAUUAUCUGGGAAGCAGAAGACCCUUGUAUGCCUCUUGUGGUGGCUCUCUACACUGUGGUUGGCAUGUCAUUGAAGAGUGUGGUUCAAUUCUUCUAUACCAUCAAGAAUAAACCCGCUUCAGAUGCUGUUGCUCUAUUGAGCUUCAACUGGUUUUUACUAGGCACACUCACCUACCCAACACUGCCUAGGGUUGCUCGUAUGUUGGCUCCACUGGCCUUAAGCUUUGUGGACCAGACAUUGAGCUGGCUUGGUCUCUCUUCCAACUAGCCCAGAAACCAACUUGGCUCAUCAAGAUAUCACUUUCCACCUUGUAUCAUAAAUCUUGCACCAUCAAAGUUUUGUUUAUUUUGAUGAAUGCUCUUCAUAGCCUGUACACACAGAUCAAUUUGCCUUGACUAUUUAUCUAUAUAAUUUUUUUUGGUUAAAA